AUGACCGCAGCCGCGAUUAUGACAGGGAUAGGCCACGGCAUCCUCUGCGACGUUGGGAGUUGGAUAGGGACAGGGACAGGGACCCGAGGUAUGGAGGUCGUUACUCGGACUAUCGAAGAGAUAGAUCGCCCCCGCGACGUGGCCCUCCACCGCGACGGUAUGGCGGUUAUUCCCCACGAAGGCGUUCAAGAUCCCGGACACGCUCUCCUCGCCGCCGUUCACGAUCUCCAGGCCCUCGGCGCGGUCCGCCUUCUCGGUCGCCACCUGGAAGAGGUUAUUACUCACGACGACCUCUCAGGUCUCGCUCCCCCCCACCUUUCCGACGAAGAGGCGGGUCUCGCACACCACGAACCAGGUCGCCUAUACGGAGACGGUCGCGCUCGAGGACACGCUCAAGGAGCCCCUACAGAGGAUCUCGACCGUCUCCGUCUCCUGCAAGGUCUGUUCGCCUGGGUAACCAUUCCAUUGGCGGUUCCAGACAUGUAUCGCCUCGACCUUACGAAGAAAAGAGGCGUACUGUUGAAUCGGAAGGUCGAUUCUGACAAGAAGCCACAAGAACCCGUGGUCAACGUGGAGGCGACUCAAGAUGCCGUUAUGAAGGAGGAGGAAGUCCCUCAAGAUUCACCGCAAUCGCCUAGCCCUCCUCCGGCGGACGAUGCGAAAAUGGAAGAGGACCCACCUACUGCACCUCAGGUCGGAGAAGUCGUCGCUGCGUCUGAUCCACCUCAGAAACAGCGCUCAACGACUCCUGCUCCUGCUCCUGGACCGCCUCGACCUUCUACUACAGAAUCUGCCGCAACAUCGCCUUGCCGUCUAUCUGCUGCUGAAACGAAAUCGCCUAUGUCUCGCAGGCAAGACCGACCUUCUCCAAUCCCACCGCAUGUCAAGGCCGAAGAGAAACUUUCCCUUCGCUCUCUAAAAGUGGAUCAUGCGGGACUCCCCCCCAUUCCUCCUCCAUCAGCCUCACACCGCUCUCCCAUACAUUUCAAACCGACAGCUCACUCACCACUUGCCACCCCAAAGUACGAAGGUCAAUCGCCUCGCUCUCAACAUUCGCAACAGUCCUAUCAGGCCCCAGCAGCGUCGUCGCAUUCCAGAGAAGAGCAUAAACGCGAGUCAAGCACGCCUCAGUCUCCUGAUGUGGUCAUGGCGGAUUCAACACCUCAUUCUCAACAAACACACGACAAGUCUUCGCAUCCUAUCCCGCCCCCGCCUCAACGGACUGGGAUCCCGACGGGCCCUAGGGCUCACGGGUAUAAAGAUUAUAGUAUACCUGCGGGUCCGGCAGCAACCCAUCCUCGUGGCCAUCCACCCACUGGUCCAGCAGCCCAACAACCACCUAGCGGGCCUUCGAACCGUCUCCCUACGCCUCAAGGAACGAAAGGUCCCAAUUGGUCGGGUGGGCCGGGAAGUAACCGACAUUCCAGUGAUACUAUGGUCAAGACCGUUCAGGACAAGGUAGAUGAAUUGUGCGGUGUUGGACGACCAAGGGUCGCGAAUUACCCUCUUGCGAGCGAGAUUCAAACGCAGGUCGAAACCCGCAUGCUCCGUGAAACGAAAUACUAUGAAACCACGAGUAUAGCGUAUCCAGCUUUGUGGGAGUUGGAACUCGCAAUGCUUGAUCUACACACCAGCGAGCUACGGAGAAAGGCGGCAUCGAGCCAGCUGGAUAAAGCUAUGUUUGGUGCUCUGGGCAUCGAUUAUGUUUCCGAGGGGCUUACAUUGUCGUCAUCAAGCGCGUUGCAAGCUCCACCAAUGGUUGCUUCAACUUCAACGUUGUCUACAUCCUAG